UGCAGCUUGACUCGGUGACAAUGGGGGGCAGAACUGAAACUGUGACAAGUCAAACUCAUGCGAGUGGCGGUGACUUUUAGACAGAGAAUAAGAGGAAACAACUCAUGUCAUGUAGCCUCUUUAAAACAGGCAUUUGUUUGUUUGAAAUGACUAGGAUUAUUUGUAUUUUUGAUAACAUUCUACAGUAAAUUAGCUGUUAAUUAAUGAGGAAGACUAUUGAUUAUCAACAAGGAAGACGGAGAGGUGAUGGAGGAACCGCUACAUAACUACACCAGAAAUGAGGAUUUUAAAUGAGAGGACCACCAAAAUGUUUUCAUGAAUUACGGAAUAUAAAAUAACAUUUCUACCAUGCAGACGAAGAGAUGGAUACGUCGGAGGUUGCCUGUCUUUAUUUUCACCUUCUUCAUCAUCCUCUAUGUGGAUUUCCAAUUACGCAGCAGCAGCCUCCCCAAACUCAGCGUGGCUCCCCCUCGGGUCCCCGAUGCGCUCCACCGCUCUAUCCAGCAGGCCACCUCCCCGACCAGGGACGCACAGAGCCCGGCUGGAAGCAACAGCAGCAGCAGCAGCAGCAGCGGGGAGCACGGAGGACACUCAACCUCUGAGGGCGCACAUGUCACCCUGCCGGAAUUAAAGCUGGGGGACAUCUUCAUCGCGGUGAAAACCACCGGGAGGUUCCACCAGACGCGCCUGGCGCUCCUGUUGCAGACUUGGAUCUCUAGAACCAAAGCGCAUACGUUCAUCUUCACAGACACGGAGGAUGAGGACUUGCGUUCAGAAGGUUACAACAUGGUGGUGACAGACUGCCAGUCGGAUCACAGCCAGCAGGCUCUGUCCUGCAAGAUGUCUGCCGAGUACGACGGCUUCAUGGCCUCAGGCAAGAGGUGGUUUUGUCACGUGGAUGAUGAUAACUACUUGAACCCGGAGGCCCUCCUCUCUCUGCUGUCGGCCUUCGCCCAGGACGGAGACAUCUACGUGGGCAAGCCGAGCCUGGACAAGCCCAUCACUGCUCACGAACUGCUGGAAGGAAAUGCAACGAGAGAAGUGAGGUUCUGGUUCGCUACAGGAGGAGCCGGAUUCUGUCUGAGUCGGAGGCUGGCGGAGAAGAUGGCUCCAUGGGCGAGCGGCUCGCGGUUCGAGCAGACGUCGGCGACGAUCCGUCUCCCUGACGACUGCACGGUGGGCUUCAUCGUGGAGAAGAGGCUCGGCGUCUCCAUGGUCCACUGUCCGUUAUUCCACUCUCACCUGGAGAACCUGCUGCUCAUCAGCCACAGGAGCAUACCGCACCAGGUGACACUGAGCUAUGGGAUGUUUGAGAACAAGAUGAACAGCAUCGAGGUGAAGGGAAGCUUCUCUAAAGAGGAAGACCCCUCCAGGUUUAAGACCGUCCACUGCAAGCUCUAUCCUUUCACCAGCUGGUGUCCUUGAACUCAUCAGAGAAAAACUCCCAACUUUCAAACGCACGGGGGAAAUCAUCGCUAAUCCAGCUGGGAAUCGUCGGGAAAUUGAAUUUGAUGGAGCAACUUGAGAUGCAGAAUUGAAGACUCUUAGAAAUGAGAGAUGAUCCUCGGACAGAACUCUGGUUUUUCUGAACAUGCUUUUAAAAAGAUCACAUGGACACUUGUGGACUUACAAGAAAGGAUCUUCACAAUGGACUGAUCCUCUGUGAGAUACAAACACACAGGUUUAUGGAGAAAAUGGUCAGCAGAGUUUUACUGGAUCUCCAUUUUUAUUGUUUGUUUAAAUAAAAAAUAAAUUGUACAUCUUUAGUAAACUGUACUCACAUUUCUAUGGUUAAAAUUACAUUUCGAUAUUCAGUUUGUUUCACUUUUCCUUAACGAUCAUCAACAUUUUACAUUUUGCGAUGGUUUAAACUACACACAGACUGAAGCUACAUCCCCUGAAGUGCCGUCAGGAUGUGCAUGGGUAUAUUUACUGAAUUUAUUUGAGCUUUUAUUGAGUUUUUGUUGGCCUUGUCUUGUCUUUUUUGUGCUCCGAUAAACAGUAAAUGUAUUAAAUUCAGUGCAAUUUCCUAAGCAACUAAAGCUACUAGCUGUCGUCGGCAUUUUCUAUCAGGAAUUGCUUUAAUUACAAGAGAUGUGACUUAGCCCAGGUGUGUGUGUGUGUGUGUGUGUGUGUGUGUGUGUGUGUGUGUGAGUGUGUGUGUUCCUCCCACCCCUCCAUCUGUCUCACUGUUUACUCAGUCAUGUCCAUAUUGGCUGUGCUGUCUCCUUCAAGGCCGUUGCUGAAAGUAAAAUUAACUUCCACUCUCAUUUUUAACCUCGAUUAAAGAGAACCACAAACUA